AACUGCAUCUUGGCUCUACUUCCCUUUCCCAGGACUGACAAUGGCAGGAUACCAGCUCUGGUCACCAUGGACCCCACUGGAUGAGAGCUUCCAAUGGCUGCGGCAUACAACACCUACACCCUCCUCCAAGCACCCCUUUAGGGCCUCCCCCUGCUUCUCACACACCCCUUCUGAUCUGGAAGUGCAGCUGUGCUUUCAAGAGGUCACUCUAGUCCUAGACAGCCCAUUCGUGGAAACUGGUGUGAGUCCCAAGUUACCAUGCCACACAUCAGAGCUCCGAACCAUGAACAACAAGAAAGGACUGGUCAGGAAGCCCCAGCCUGUCCGCCUCAGUGGAGUGGAUUCUGUCUUUGGUAGGGUCAUCACGGUUCAGCCGCCAAAGUGGACCGGGACCUUCAGAGUUUCAGACAAGUCAGCCUUUUGCAAAAUUAUUAGCAGGGAACACCAGUGGCCCACUGGACUUAAGGAGCCUCAGAUUCAGAUGACAGUGACUAUGUGCAAACAGAUGCUGCGCUCUAUCCUCUUGCUGUAUGCAACGUACAAGAAGUGCACCUUUGCCUUGCAACAUUCCAAGUAAAGAGAACUCGUGUGCUCCCCUGGUUCUGCACACCAUGCCCUUUGGUAUGUACCUGACGCACACAGAAGCCUGUCCAUGAAAAUGAAACUAUGACAUUGUC